GGCCUUCCCCAGGCCAAUUUAGCGCCCCGGUGCCGGGGCGCUUGUUUUUCCGUUUACGGAUCACCGGGGCGCUUGGAUUUUGGCUUGCAUGUUGAUCUUAGCGCCGGGGCGCUUGUAUUUUGACAGCAGGAGAAACUUCUUAUCAACGUAAUAGCGCGUGCUACAUUGUCGCAUUGCGUCAUCGAUAAAUUAAUCUGGUGUUAUGACAGGAUGUGUCUAUAAACAUAUGACCGCUAAUAAUACACAGUAUUUGUUGAUGUAAUUAAAGAGCAAUCUGUUUUCGGAGAGCUUAGCAAUUAAUUGCUUUUGAAUGAAAUCAAUUAUCAGAUCAACGGCGAUUACGGAUUAUGGAUAAUUUAUGUUGCAAUAAGCGUGUUUUAUUGGUUCAUGGGAGGUGCUAAAUGCGAUGUGAUUUAGGUAUGAUGUGUGCCCUCUGCAUACGCCACCAGCGCCGCCCCAAGAGAGCAGCAGUAGGACAGGCAACAUGGGUAGACCAGCCAUGUACCUGGAUUGUCAGGAAGGCCAUCACACGCCACCAGACCAGUGAUUCUCAUAAAGAAGCUGCAGCAUUUGAGGCUAACAGGUCUGCACCAAAGACAAUACAUGGAGUGGUGGAAGAGAUGACAAGCCUGCAGCUCCAGGCUCGGGUGGCAGCAUUCCGCAACCUUUACUGGCUUAUUAAGCAGGAAAUGCCACACACAUCAAACUACCUGCCACUUAUGCAGCUAUGCAAAGAGCAAGGUGUCAAUAUCUUGUCAAACCUUGACCAGGGAGGAAAUAACAAUGGCCAGUCUCAGCGGUUCAUCCAAGAGGCUGUCUUGACCAUGGGACAGUGCCUGAGGGACAACCUCCUGGAAAAAGUACGGGCAUCACCAUGGUACACCAUAAUGGUGGAUGAAACAACAGAUGUUGCCGUCCUCAGUGAAAUGAUUGUUUAUAUAAGAUUUCUAAAGGAUGGUUGCAGCCAGACAGAGUAUUUGUCGAUCGUGCCUCUUAAAGAUGGCAAGGCAGAUACCAUCACAACAGCCAUCUUAGAGUUACUGUCAUCAUGCAACCUGCCUCUGCAGCAGAUGUGUGCCUUUGGAAGUGAUGGAGCGGCAGUGAUGGUUGGGAAGAAGACUGGGGUUGAUGUCCAGCUUAGACAGCGAGUUCCUCACCUGAUCGGCAUCAACUGUGUGGCCCAUCGAUUGGCACUGGCUGAAGCACAGGCUGUGAAAGGGGUUCCUUACCUCCCAAGGUUUAAGGAUAUCCUUGGGGACCUCCAUCGGUUUUCUGAUCACAGUCCUGUACGCACAUCAGGCCUGAUGGACAUACAGGUAAUCACUCAUGUAACCAUUUUUUUGUGA